AAAAAAAUGAAGGACAGUGCGUGUGUCCCUCAAAGAGGAAAAGAGAAAAACCUAUCAUUCUGUCCUCAUUCAUCCAAGUACUACCGACAUGACAGAGCAUCAAUACCAACAAUUCCGAAGGGCUGGCAUAAUUGAGAAAGUUUGUGUCAGAAUUGCUUCUACCUUCGCAAGCAAUGGCAACUCAGCCUGCCAUGUGAGUCUGCAAGACAUUCGGGAUGUGUUUCCAGAUGCACAGCGAUUCAAGCUGGAGGAACUUCCUAUUCCAUUCCUCAUAGACCCUAAUGGGAACAGAGUCGAGCCACCAUGCAUUGGAUUCUAUCCUUACAAGAUCCUGGAUGUCAUAACAGAAGCGCCGCAGCUAAGCAGCAGCGACAGUAGCAGCAGCAGCACCGGAGCUAGCAACGCCAACACCAGCAACACCAGUAUCAACACCAACACCAGCACAAAUACCAACAUCGAUAAUACUAAUUGCAGCUGCAAUAACAACAGCAAUCACAGCGCCCUCAUCCAUUUGCCUACAUUGAGAAAGUCGUCAAAGCAGGCCUCUCAGGAUACUCUUUUACCAUUAUCAAACUUGAUUCACUCUUUCAAUUCGUUCCUUACUACACGCAACAAUGCAUAUAUCGAGGUGAUCAACUCUAACCUUGAGAAGGUUGCAGAUGUGCUCUUGGAGGCCAAAGAGAAGGAUGACAAGAUGCUUAAUCUGGUAUUGGAAACCAAAGAGAAGGACAGCGAGAUGUUUGAACUUCAAGAUAAGAUGGCUAAAAUGCAAGUGGAAGCUAAGGAGAAGGAUGACAUAAUACAACAUCAAAGCCUCGACAAACCUGCCUUGCUCCAACAGCAUGUUGACGCUAUCCUCACUCAGAAUACUGAGCUUCACGAAUACGUAAUUCCUCGACUGUUUAUCAUUUUACCUGUCGAUCACACCAAGUGGGAUCCAAUGAAUGUCUUGAAGAACAAAAUUCGUGUUCAUUUCCUAUGUGAAUGUGGAGAUCACACUGCAAUGACAAGCAAGAAUAGUCAGAAGCCACUCCAUAUCAUCAAACAUGAUGGGUAUGAGAUCCGAAGCAGCACAGAAUUCUUCCGCAAGUACGGAAAGCACAUGUUUAUCCUUUUAAAGUGGCUCAAGUUAGGAAUGACCUCGUCUACAUCUCUGGCACCAUCCCCAGAUUUGAUGGAUGCUGGUAUCGAUUGUUCAAUCGACUAUAUGGAAGCACUCUCUAAGAAGGAUCCAGGCCUGAGCAACAUUGCUACAAUCGAUGGCUAUGAUGGACUGAAAGGAUCAGAUUUCCAAAAUGUGUGGACAUCCCUUCGAACCAAUGAUGAAGACAGGCAAUUUGGGAACUUGUACAGGAUCAUGAGCGAAACAGGGCGUGCCAAAUGGGUUUGUCUCGACCACUGUUGCUCGAUGUAUGAAGAUAAAGAACAGAAGGCAUUUGUAAGUGCAGUGGAAGUGAAUAGUGGCAAAUAUAACGGGCACCUUGGUAAAGUAACUAUCACACUCAGGUCCAGAGAGAGAGCUAAAGGUCUUUUCGAUGCACUAAGCAGGUCAAUACGAGUUUACGAGUUGGAUAUCACAUUUGGCUGGGAUUGGACUGAGACUGAUCUUGAAGCAUUUGAGAAUGCUUUGGCGGUGUCGAGCGUGAAGAUUCUUCGACUUGGGCUUACACGCACUCAAAGGAAUGCUGGUAUAAAGGACUCUUCAAUAUCCGCGCAAUAUGAAAAGCAUAUUCGCAUCAUAGAGCUCAGUAACAUGAAAACAAUCCAUAUUACUCUAUCUCAGGAUCUCAUGAAACUUCUCAGUUUACGACCUGCAAAACUGGCGCACCUUCAUAAGCUAACCUUUGGGGUGAAGGCUCGAUCGAUUGGAGCCAGCGAAUUACAAGGGCUUGUAAAUUUACUCAAGACUAACACGGCAUUGACGACUUUGGACUUGACCGACAACCCAAUUUUUGAUAAAGAAGUCCUGACACUGUCAGAGGCGCUCAAGACCAAUACAACUCUAGCGAUUUUGGACUUGAGUGACAACUCAGUUGGGGAUAAAGGAGCUCUGGCACUGUCGGAGGCGCUCAAGAUUAACAGUAGUUUGACCUCUUUGAGGUUGGGUAGCAACUCAAUUGGGGAUGAAGGAGCUCUGGCACUGUCAGUAGCGCUCAAGGCCAAUACAGCUUUGUCGAAUUUGGACUUGUGGAGCAACUUAAUUGGGAAUGAUGGAGCUCUGGCAUUGUCAGAAGCGCUCAAGGUUAACACUAGUUUGAUAACUUUGGGCUUGUGGGAGAACUCAAUUGGAGAUGAAGGAGCUCUGGCGUUGUCAGGGGCGCUCAAGGUUAACACUGAUUUGAUGGUUUUGGACUUGUGGCGCAACUCAAUUGGGGAUGAAGGAGCUCGGGUGCUAUCAGAGGCGCUCAAAGUUAAUAAUAGUUUGAGGACUUUGGAUUUGAGCAACAACUUAAUUUGGGAUGAAGGAUCCCUGGCAUUAUCAGAAGCGCUCAAGGCUAACUCCGGAUUGAACACUUUGGACUUGAGUGCUAACUCAAUUGAGGGUGAAGGAGCUCUGGCCUUGUCAGAGGCGCUCAAGGUUAACAGGAGUUUGAUGACUUUGGACUUGAGUGAAAACUCAAUUAGGGAUGAAGGAGCUCUGGCACUGUCAGAGGCGCUCAAGGUCACCAGUAGUUUGAUGUCUUUGGACUUGAGUGAAAACUCAAUUAGGGAUGAAGGAGCUCUGGCACUGUCAGAGGCGCUCAAGGUCACCAGUAGUUUGAUGUCUUUGGACUUGAGUUACAACUCAAUUGAGGAUGAAGGAGCUCUGGCACUGUCAGAAGCGCUCAAGGUCACCAGUAGUUUGAUGACUUUGGACUUGAGUUACAACUCAAUUGGAAAGAAAGGAACCUUGGCACUGUCAGAGGCACUCAAGGUCAAUACAACUCUGAUGACUUUGAACUUGGGUGGCAACGCAGUUGGGGAUGAAGCAGCUCUGGCAAUCUCAGAAGCACUCAAGACAAACGCAGUUUUAGCCAAAAAAAAAAUAAGACAGCCUUAAGCGUCAAAGAAGGGAUACUGAUGCUGUUAGCCACACUCUGGACUGUUUGACCAACUUUGGAUCGUUUUUGGGAUACUUGACUGAUUUGAUGGUUGAAAGAGCUCUGGGAGUGAUUAAAGAAAAUAGUUUGGUUUAAAUAAAGCUUGCUUGUAACAACCAAGCAGCCAUGGCGGC